AUUAUGCCACAGACAGACAAACAAGUAUGCAUCCCUCCAGAGCUUCCAGAUUUGCUGAAGCAGUUUACAAAAGCUGCUAUUCGGACCCAGCCUCCAGAUCUUAUACAAUGGGCGUCCGACUAUUUUUCUGCCAUGGCCCGGGGAGAGCUGCCUCCCAUAAGAGAGCGAGCAGAUCGAGUGCCUUUAUCAACCUGGGCAGAGCUUACUCCAGAGCUCUUGAAGGUCUUACACCAGAGAGUGGGUGGGAGGCUGAUAGUCCACGUCGAUGAACUAGCCCAAAUGUGGAAGGUGCUCAAUCUCCCUACAGAUUUGUUUGAGAGUAUUAUGAACGUUGGGCGUUUUACUGAAGAAAUUGAAUGGCUCAAGUUCCUAGCUCUGGCCUGUAGCUCUCUUGGAGUUACUAUAGCAAAAACUCUGAAGAUAAUAUGUGAAGUUUUAUCCAGCGAGCACGACACUGGACAAGCGCGCAUCCCGUUCAGUACUUUCCAGUUUCUGUACACUUACAUUGCUGAAGUGGAUGGGGAAAUUUCAGCAUCUCAUGUCAGCCGAAUGCUGAAUUACAUUGAACAGGAGAUCAUCGGGCCAGACGGCUUGAUCAAGGUGAAUGAUUUUACCCAGAAUCCUCGGGUCAGGCUGGAGUAA